ACUGUUGACAUUGUGCGAAUCACGUCAGUCGUGCGUCGACCGAUUGAUACGGCAGCGGACGGGGAGUUUGGCAAAAGGUCGGCAUGGUGGUCGUGGACGGGGUGCCGGACUCGUCGGAAAAGUGUCCACGGCUUGUUUGCGUCGCCGCCGUCCCACAAGUCACGUGCACGCCGCCGCUGACGUCAUCACCCCUGACGUAGCGGAAGUUAGGCUUAUCGCUCAGCUGGUGGGCCAAGUUUUUCUCGAGGACCGCUGCCCCGUCGCUCGUCUCAAAUGAAGAAAUCCAGCCGCAAGAAGAAGAUGUCUGCUAGUUUGCCGAACGAAUUCGGCAAAUUCAGCAAGAACAGCAGGUAUCUGCGUCGAAUAUGGCGGGACACAAAGUCUGCACUGGACGACAUCGCCAAGUGUGGCUACUUCAGCGAAGCGCAAUUGGCCCAGCUGCGACUGAACGAGGCAGACGACAAGUUCAUAGCCAGCGCAGUGAACCAGCCCGUGGCCCUGGUAGUGCUUGGGCAGAGCUGCUGGGCCAAGGCGUGCGUGGUCAACGAGCUCUUUGGCCAGACCGUCCUCCCGGUCACCUCCCCUGGAAGCGAGGAGGGACAGCUGACCUGGAGGAUGGUGCGCUUCUGCCCCGGGACCAGUAACCAGACAGAGAUCAGCCUGGCUUUGCCCAACAGCUUCGAGCUCGUGGAGCACCUGGCUGCCUACGACCAACCCUGGAGGACCAUUCCCCGAGCCGACCUGGAGCUCGAGGGGGACGCCCGCCACGACCCCGCCCUGAGCACGGCUGUGCUGGAGAUCCGUAUGAAGCACCCACUGCUGCGGGAGGAGGUGCAGGUGGUGGCGACUCCUUGCAACGACAGCUCCUUCGAGCAGACCUACUUCAAGGCCGUCGAGGGGUGCACCCCACUCCUCAUCUAUGCCUUCUCUGACGACGCUCUCUCCGAAAAGGAAGUGGCUGACCUGUGCGAGCUGAGGCGGCUGGCCCCCAAGACCCCCGUGCUAUUCGUGCGUGCCGACCUGCCCACCACGUCCGAACUGACGGAGUCCGAGCAGCACGCUCGUAGUCUGCGGCACGCGGCGCGUUCGCAGCAGGCUCGGCAGAUGCUCAUCUCCUCCGGCUCCUUUGGCCACGAAGGGGACGGCAGUGGCAGCGAGGUGUCGUCCACGCCUCCUCUGACUCCGGUGCAGCAGGAGAAUGGGCAGCAGUCCAAGCCGGUGCUGACGUUCCCCAUCUCGGCGUACCAGCAGCUGUGCAACCUGGGCUUCCUGUGCAAGCGCUUCCAGGACAAGCGCAGGGACCGGAGGCGCUCAAGCAUCCGCUGCGGCGGGACCGUGCUGGCCAGCUCGGAAUUCGUCGAGAGCUUCGAGGACUUUGGCAGCAGUGCCUACCUGUUCGUGAGGAGCGCCCUGCAGUCCCUGCUGGUGAGCGCAGCCUCGCUGCUCAACACGACGCACCUGCUGUGCCUUCGGUCGUUCAUCCUGACGGCGUUCGACAUGACGCGGGACAUGAUGAUCACGCCCAAGCGGCUGGCCUACGCCCGGCGGCAGGAGACUGGCCUGUACCACGCCCUCAUGGAGGUGGCCAGCCACAAGCAGGAGGAGAUCCGCCAGCUCAUCGUCGGGGCCGUAGAGGGGCUCCGGGAGGAGGUUCUUCAGCGGGCGGCCGACCACCACUUCGAGGGGGUGUCCCUUGAAGAAGGGGAGAAUGGGUCCCCUCCGACGGCCAGCACCCUGCAGAUCUGCACGUCCCAGAUCCAGGACCUGGUGCUCGGGAUGCUCAACUCUGCCGUGGCCGAGAAACUGGUCGGCUCGGUGAACUGCCUCCGGGAGAGCUUCGUAGGUACACUGGAGAGGUGCUUGGCGAGUCUGGAAGGUGUCUGCAAGGAGGACGACUGCACCCAAGCGAGCAACGCUCUGAAGCAGAUCCUCAAUGCAGCCUACCAGGUGGAAGUGACUGUCAAGACCAGUUCCUCCUUUCUCUGGGUGCUCUGGGAGAAGAUGAAGCAGUUGGCGCAAACGCUGCCGGGCCGGACGCCGCCCCGGAUAGACGUGGAGUGGAAGCAGCGCGUGGCCGGGGACAUGCUGGUGUCCCUGAGUGAAUGGCGCCUGGCACGAUGCAUCUGCGCCCAGUUCCGGGACCGGCUGAGGGCCUCCCACGAGCAGUUCCAGGCAGCCAUGCGGCAGCUGGAGGCGGUACACUCCGGGCGCCUCGAGCGCACAGAGAGCCAGCGGUUAAAGGUGCGCAAGGUGCACGCCCCGCGGCUGGCCCGCUACGCCCUGGAGAGCACGUCCCUGAGGGACACGAUUUUGUACGGGAUGCCCCAGCUGGGCCGGGAGCUGGGCCGGGGCCAGUACGGGGUGGUGUACUCGAGCGACGCCUGGGGCGGCAUCUCACCCUGCGCAGUCAAGUCGGUCGUGCCCCCCGACGACAAGCACUGGAACGACCUUGCCAUGGAGUUCUUCUACACCAGGAGCGUACCGGACCACGACCGGAUAGUUCAGAUCCGGGGCUCGGUGAUCGACCACAACUAUGCAGGAGGGGCCACACCAGCAGUGCUCCUCAUCAUGGACCGGCUGCAGAGGGACCUGUACACGGCCCUCAGGGCAGGGCUCAGUUGGCCCGAUCGGCUCAGGGUUGCACUUGAUGUGGUGCAAGGCAUUCGGUUUCUACACAGCCAGGGGUUAGUUCAUCGAGACAUCAAGCUGAAGAAUGUCCUGCUGGACAGGUCCAACCGUGCCAAGCUCACAGACCUGGGCUUCUGCAAGCCAGAGGCCAUGAUGUCUGGUAGCAUCGUGGGCACGCCCAUCCACAUGGCUCCUGAGCUGUUCACGGGCCGCUACGACAACAGCGUGGACACAUAUGCCUUUGGCAUCCUCUUCUGGUACAUCUGUGCGGGCCACGUCAAGCUGCCCUACGUCUUUGAGCAGUGCCAGACCAAGGACCAGCUUUGGUCGUGCGUCCGCAAAGGGGCUCGCCCAGAGCGCCUGCCCCAGUUUGAGGAGGACUGCUGGCGCCUGAUGGAGCAGUGUUGGGCCUGUGACCCCCAGCGGAGGCCCCUGCUGGGGGACGUGGAGUUGGCCCUGGAGGGGGUCGAGGUACGGCAGCAGGACCGCAGCCUGAGCGAAGACUCAACCCUCUCAAACUGCUUGGUCAUCACGGCCAGCCAGAACCUGGGCCACACCAACCGGCGACCUCUGCUGCGUGCCAAGGACAAACGACGGGUACCUCCGAGAGGCGUCGAUGCUGUCACCAAAAGUGUGCAGUUGUUUGUGGAUAUUUAUUGUCGCCACAUUUGCUGAUCAGACGAGUCCCGUAGUAGCAUACAGCCUUCAGUCCAGUGCCUUGUGCAGAAAUGUGCGCACAACGAAUCCAUGUAUUCUUUCACAAUCUGACUAAUGUUUAUUUACCCGACCGAGACACACUGUGAUUUGACCCUUAAAACAUUUGUGACUAGCAGGUGUGAUCUGCAGUGCGCUGUUUUGUACAGAAGUGUUCUAUAACUUGUACAUAAUGUUAAUAAAGAUGGCUGCUUUAGUUUUGUGCAUGUAAAA